UUUCAGUCGUUACCGCCAAAGGAGCCUCUUCGCCAUCUUAGUGUCUUUCCUUCUAGGGUUUCGGAAUUCUACUCUUUUCCAUACAAGCUCAUACCGCUUGUUCAUCUCACUGAAGCAGCAAUAGCCAUGGAUACGAUUUCUAGCGUAGCGAGAAGAACUCGUUCGAAUACACUGUUAAUUUUGCUCGAACAACUGAGUAAAUCGAAGAAAGAGAAUGAUCAGGUCGAAGAUGCGCAUGAGGAUUCGACGAGGAUCGAAACGGAGACGAAGAUAGGUUAUCGGAGCAAUUUUUCUUCUCCGGCACCGGCGAAAAGACGACGGAGACAGAAGAGCGAGGGUGACAACUAUGAAAAAGUGUGUUUUAGACAAGAGCGAGAGCGGCAGCAUGCGGAGGAUGACAAUGCCGGUUCUACUUCGGUGAGUUCUCCAAGGUUAAAAUCCGAAUCGGUUGAGCCUAGGGUUUCAGAUUUUGCUGUUAGUGAUGAAAAUUUUUGCGAUGAUGUCGACUCUCACCCUAAUGAGGUCAUUGAAAUCGAGGAGUCUUGUGAGGAGAAGACUUCUAGUUUGGCGGGUUCAGCUCUGGGAAGUUCAUCUUUUAGUAAGGUUAUAAGCCUUGAUUCUGAUGGAGAAAGCUCUGUGGAGAAGUUAGGGACUGAUGGGGAAGAUAGUGAUAAUGAUGACUGUAGUGAUAAAGAUGAAGAUGAUGAUGUUGAGUCUGAGAGUUCAGAUUCACUUUACCAGGAGAGUUCUGAGGAGAGUGAAGAUUCUUCUUCCGAGGACAGUGCAUACACUUGUUCUGAGGACGAGACAGUGGAGGGUGGUGCAGGAAUCAGCACGAAAAGGUCAAGGGGAAAGGAAGAGGACGAGACAGAGGAGGUUGUGGCAGGAAACAACACUAAAAGCAGGAAGCGGUCAAGGAUAAAGGAACGCCGGGAAAAGCUGAAGGAUUUGCGUAGGACGGAUAGAUUGAACCUGUUUCAUCAGCUAGCAAGUUCAAUCUUGGACAAAGACAAUAAUAGUGCCGAGGAAGAUGAAAGUUCAUGCGAUGAACUUGACAUGAGUCAAUGUGGAGAAGAGGAACCGCCUCUGUUAAACCCAAAAUUUGGGUACGAUGAGCCUGAACCAGUAGAGAAGUCUGAAGAGGAAAAGGAAUUAGACGCACUAUGGAAAGAGAUGGCCUUUGCUCUAGAAUCAACUGGAAUAGAAUCAGCUGAUCCUGUAAAAAAUGAAAAUGUGUCAGGCACUCAAGCAACUCCGUCGGUUCAUUGUAGCUGCGGGAAGCAUGAAUUCGUGAUCGAUGAGGAAGUCGGUCUGAAAUGUUAUUAUUGUUCUUAUGUGGCCGUUGAGAUUAGAAAUGUAUCACCAGCCAUGGAGAAGUAUCGUCGUGGUGGUGGUGGUGUUGACUAUAAGAGAUAUACUGACAGAAAGGAUGGUUCUUUGUUUAAUAGUCUAGAGCUUGACGAUCAGGGUGAUUCCAUUUCAAUGGCCUCCUUGAAAAAUACAAAAGGAACUGUCUGGGAUUUCAUUCCUGGCAUCAGGGAUACCUUGUAUCCACACCAACAAGAAGGCUUUGAGUUUAUUUGGAAGAACUUAAUCGGCACAACAAGCCAGGAGGAUUUGAAUAAUUGGGGAGUAAGUGAAAAGAAUAAGUGCAUUAUUUCACAUUCGCCCGGAUCUCGUAAAACACCUUUGGGUGCGGUGGCUGGGUGUGGUGGGUGCAUUAUUUCACAUUCGCCCGGAACUGGUAAAACACGUUUGACCAUCGUCUUUCUUCAGGCCUUCUUAAAACGGUUUCCCGAUAGCCAUCCUGUAAUCGUUGCCCCUGCAAGUAUGCUGCUUACAUGGGAAGAAGAAUUCAAAAAAUGGAAUGUCAAAGUCCCAUUUCAUAACGUGAAUAGCCUGGACUUCUCAGGGAAAGAAAGCAAAUGGGCUCACACAUUUCUUGAGAAAAUCGGGUACCAUAGACACGACAAGAAUUACAUCCGCAAGGUUAAAUUAUUUUCUUGGUGCAGGAGGAAAAGCAUUCUUGGAGUUAGCUACCACCUCUUCGUGAAGCUCACUGGGAAGAAGUGUAACAAGAAACCCGGGAAGAGAACUGGGCUGGAACUUGAUAGCGAAAUGGAAGAGAGAAUACAAAAGUAUCUACUAGAAUGGCCUGAAUUGCUGAUCCUGGAUGAAGGCCACACCCCAAGGAACAGGAAGAGUCUCAUCUGGAAAGCGCUCGAGGGAGUACAAACGAAAAAUCGCAUAAUCCUUUCUGGAACACCAUUCCAGAACAACUUUCAGGAACUUUCGAAUGUCUUAUGCCUAACAAGACCAGCUUAUGCAGAGGCGAUUUCUUCGAAGCUGAAAGAACUUGGCAAGUGGAGCAUGGAAAGGGGACAAAAAGGCAAGGAAUAUGAACAAGCUGGUGGAAUUAAGGGGCUCAGAGCUUUGCUUUCUCCCUUUGUGCAUGUUCACAAAGGAAGCAUUCUCCGGGAAAGCCUUCCAGGACUACGAGAAUCUGUCGUCGUGUUAAAGCCACAGGAUCUUCAGAAGAAAAUCCUCGACAGAAUUGAUCGUUGCCAGAAUACAUUCGAACUCGAGCACAAGCUUUCAUCUGUCUCGGUCCACCCGUCUCUUUUCUUGGGCCUUAAAGGGACGAAGAAAGAAGAGAUUAUCAUUGGGAAGUCGAUAAAGCAAAAGCUGGAAAGGAAUAAACUCAACCUUACCGAAGGAGCAAAGGCGAGAUUCCUGGUUGAUUUCGUUCGGCUCAGCACAUCUAUCGACGAGAAAGUAUUGGUAUUCAGCCAAUACCUCGACAUCUUAUCCCUGAUCAUGGAGCUGCUCACUACAUUAUUUGGUUGGACAGAGGAAAGAGAAGUGUCCUCAAUGCACGGAAAACUCGAGCUGAAAGAGAGGCAGCGUCUGAUCAACAACUUCAAUGACCCGGACAGCGAAGCUAAAGUGCUGUUGGCAUCGACAAAAGCGUGUUCCGAAGGUAUAAACCUUGUCGGGGCAUCGAGAGUGAUACUCCUUGACGUGGUGUGGAAUCCUUCGGUCGAGAGAAAAGCCAUUAGCCGAGCUUACAGGCUCGGACAGAAGCGGACUGUUUACACGUACCAUCUCGUGAUGAAGGACACGCCCGAGUGCGAUAAGUACUGCAAGCAGGCCGAGAAGCAUCGGAUCUCGGAAUUGGUUUUCACGUCCAAGGACGAGAGGGAUAAGUUGGAAAACUCGCGUGUGGUUAAAGAGGAUAAAAUCUUGGAGGAGAUGAUUUUGCAUGGGAAAUUGAGAGAGAUGUUUGACAAGAUCAUAUAUCAUCCACAUGAAUCUGAUCUGGUGGAAGGGUUCCGGUCCACGGCCUUGUGACUCAGGAACCCAAAAAAUUGAAGGGGAAAUGUCAUCAAACAAGCAUUAAGAUCCAUCCACUCUGCACAUUUCAUCUGAUGGGUCUAAACCCUAAACCUGAGAAAUUGCAUAUUAAAAGGCAUUUGGUAAAUGGCAUUGAAACCUGUGAAACAAGAAACAGAAAUUCUCUUUUUUUCUACAUUUAAUCUCCACUUGACUUUGAUUUUUUUUUUUUUCCAAUUGGCAUCCAUUGGACUUUAUUUAGCAAGUCCGUACAAUUAAAUGGGCUGUAUAGUGUAAUGGUUUUUUUUCCCGUAGUAUGGAUAUGUGAGGCCCAAUGGGCUUAGCCUUUUUUAAUUCAACGCGAGUGGAAAACAACACAGCAAGCGGCAAGAAACAAUUGAAACGCCACGCUGUUCACUUUUAUGCAAACAAAACGGAGAAGCAGUGAACGAAGAUUUACGAAAACGGCAUGCUCUUCUAACUGUAUGUACAAUGCGACGCAUACAUUCCCUGAACCUCGGAAGAUUUUUUUUUCUUCCUUUUCUGGUUUCGCGGAUCGAACUCGUCAGAUCAAAAUUCGAAGAGAAA